GGUAACACAUGGUUACCGCUGAAAAACCUCCAACUGUUAAUUUUGCAGUCCAGGGGAUUUCAGAUGAUAUAAGGUCAAAGAUAUAAGGAAGCGACCCUCGACUAAAUUGAUUUAGCAGUUUCUGACAAUUUUGAGUCCAGCAAUAACGGCUCUAAGAUGGACCCUGGCUUAAACGCACUCCCCGUGAAAGAUCCAACAUUGGAAAUAUAUCUGGGAAAGGAGAGGAAAUACUCAGUACUGAACAUACCACCGAUAGAGUUUUGGACUGCGCUACCAAAUUCUCUGACAGGUCGAAAUGAGUUCACAAAUUACAAAGAAAGGAAAGCAGAGCUGAGGGCCGAACUGGUAAACUUGAAGAAAAAGGCAAAUGACCUUGAGAAACUCAUCAGGCCACUGGAAACAGAAGUGAAAUGCAAUCAACAUUUCUGUGAGAGAGAACUUAACCACAUGAGGCAGUUCAUCGCACGAAUUGAAAGGAAACCCAUUGAUGCAAAAAACCUAUUUGAAAAUGCCAUCAAGUCCAAACAGGAGAGCAGUUUUACUGUGGUGAAGUGUUUGGAGGAUGUGAUGAUUGCGAAAAGUGAAUUUGAAAGGGUUGAGCAUAUCCUCAAUAGACACAAAUGUUACGCAAACAUAUUGUUCAAUCUUGCACCUCAAGAGUGGCAGGAAGCCAAGGAAGCUGAAAUAUUGAAAGCUAAAGAAGCUCGGAAGGAACCCAGCACUAAGCCUGAAGAAACUGCAGACAGCAAAAGUGUGGAAGCAGCUCCGACAUCCAGUUCAGAUACAACCCUGCCUUCAGAGUCCACGUCACAGACAGACACAGAAUCAACUGAUUCAGCUGUGCCGAAUGGCAGCGACGACGACGACGAGAGGAUUGUCGAGAUCUACUUCACUGAUCCUUUUGAGGUUGUGGUUUUACCAUCGGAGUUAACUGACCAGAUCCUUUCUCUGAUAGACAACGCCACUGAAAUGGAUAAAAUACUGGAGCAGACGUUGGAGACCACCAGACUUAAAAUGGAAGAGGAUGAGAAGAAACUGACACAGCAAGAAAGCAACUUGGAGUCCAGAAUUGAAAUGGAAAAGAAGAGAGCCGUUGUGCUCAGAAAGCAGGUUCAGCUCCACAACUCAUUAGAAACAAAAGACGAGGAUAUACUGUUAGAAGCUCUGGGUAAGAAGGUAACAGAAGUUUACCUUUGCUGCUUCGAGAGCCGGAUUAUCAAUCAAGGAACUUUGGAAAAGCUCUGCUGUGUUGAGCACCGGAUGAACCUCUUGCUCCAGCAAAUUGAGAAAAUCCCUAGAGAUAUGUUUGAGACACUGUGGGAAAUCAAGGACGGAGAGAGGAGAACAAGGGCGCAUGAGGAGAAGCUCCGGGAGGAGAGGGAGAAGCAGAAAUUAAAGAUGUCGAAGUGCAUGAGACGAGCUUCGGGAGUGACCAGGAAAGUUCCUGGAAGAAAAAUCAUGCAAAGAUGGAGUCCUGUCCAAAAGAAGGCACAAGUUACCGAUGAGCCUUCUCCUCUUGAGGAAAUAGACCCGUUAGCUGAGCUCUAUACAGACUGUGAUUAAAAACUUGCAUAUGA